GUUUUCCUUUUCAUUUACAUUCGGGAACAUGCUCUUGGUUUAAUCAACUUAAUUUAGUUUAAUUGUAGUGUCUUUUGUUUUAAUUGCUAAUUUCUUAUUAACAUGGCUGAUGAUAAAGGUAAAACCAAAGCAAAAUCUUUAACUAAUGAGCAAAUAUUAGCUGGUUUCAAUCAACUAAGACAAGCCCAAAGGAGUAUCAAUAAUAAAAUUAUUGAGCUUGAAAAUGAUUUAAAUGAACAUGUAUUGGUUAUUGAUGCUUUAAAAGCAGUUGAUCCAAGUCGUAAAUGUUUCCGUUCCAUUGGUGGUGUUUUGGUUGAAAGAAAUGUCAAAGAGGUUCUCCCAUCGGUUAUUGAAAACAAAGAAAUGAUUGGUAAAACCAUUGAAGCUCUCAAGUCAAAGUGUGUUGAAAAAGGCCAAGAAAUCAAUGACUACAUGGAUAAGCACAACAUCAAAAUAAGACAAGAACCUUAUGAUAAAAGUGAACCUCAAGAUAACAAAAGUGUAAACGAAGCAUCUUCAUCGGGUAUUUUAGUCGCAGAUUCCAGUGCGAAAGUGGAAUCUCAAUGAAGUGUCAAUAAAAUCGAAAGUUUUCUCUA